UUUAAAACCUGUUGGUGGCAGCAGUGAGCCAACGAUGGCAAGUUUGCCCUUCGAGAAGAAGCUGCGAAAGGACGCAUGCGCACUCCGCUGACCUUCCGUGCUGUAACCAAGCAUGGCGGCACGUAAAUUAAAAACAGGUGUAUGGGGGCUUCUAUGUCGUCACAGUUUGAAUUAUUCCACUGCAGCAUCCAUCAAAUCGCCACCAAAGCAAAGCGACCAAGUUUUGGAGGAGAUCAUGAAGCGUCCUCUGGAGAAGCCGGACUUCUUCCGCGUCUCGGAGCUUUUCACGGUCAAAGACUUGUUUGAUGCCAGAGUGCACCUGGGCCACAAGAAAGGAUGCAGGCACAGGCUGAUGAUUCCCUACCUGUACGGGUGCCGCUUGGACCAGGACAUCCUGGACCUGGACCAGACGGCGGAGCACCUGCGCCUCGCCCUCAACUUCACAGCGCACGUGGCGUACCGCGGCGGCGUGAUCCUCUUCGUGAGUCGGCGCCGGCAGUUCGGCCACUUGGUGGAGAACACGGCGCGCGACUGCGGCGAGUACGCCCACACGCGCUACUGGCAGGGCGGCCUGCUCACCAACGCCCACGUGCAGUACGGCGCCGGCGUGCGGCUGCCCGACCUGCUGAUCUUCCUGAGCACGCUCAACAACGUGUUCCGCUCGCACGUGGGCCUGCGCGACGCCGCCAAGAUGAACAUCCCCACGGUGGGCGUGGUGGACUCCAACUGCAACCCCUGCCUGGUCACGUACCCGGUGCCCGGCAACGACGACACGCCCGUCGCCGUGGAGCUCUACUGCCGCCUCUUCAAAAUGGCCGUCCGGCGCGGGAAGGACAAAAGGAAGCAGGUGGAGCUCCUCUACGGCCUGACGGCGCCCGCCUCGCCUCACCCGUGACCCGAAAAAAGACACCCGCCCACCCAUCAUUCGUGUUUUAUGUUCAUUCUAUGUUUAAUACUCGUCAUUAAAUACUUUUGUUCAGA